GUGAGGGAAGGGUUGGGUGUUUUUUUUGGGAGGAGUUUCUCUAUUUUUUUUUUUUUUAUUAUUCAAAAAAAGCAAGCAAAAGCUAUAAAGGUUUUUGUAGCAUUAAAUCUGUUUCUUCUGUGACUGUCUGAAGUUGUACAUGAAAUAUAUCUCAGGUCUUUAACAACUUUGGUCUGAAAAGCAGUUAAAGCACUUGGAUCUACAAUGAAGGAUGAAAUUGCUGCUACGGUCUUCUUCAUCACGAGGCUGAUAAAAAGGGAAGACAAGCUGAGCAAGCAUAAAAUAGAGAGAUUUGCAGCUAAGCUGACGGCGCUACUGUUUGAAAAGUACAAGAAUCACUGGUACUUGGACAAUCCAUCCCGAGGACAGGCCUUCAGGUGUAUAAGGAUCAACAAACAUCAGACAAGGGAUCCGCUGCUGGAGCAAGCUUGUGUGGAGAGUAACGUGGACUUCAAUAAGCUUGGUUUGCCGAAAGAGAUGACUCUGUGGGUUGAUCCAUUUGAAGUGUGUUGCAGGUAUGGAGAGAAGAACCGGCCGUUCACGAUUGCUCACUUCGAAGGAGAGGAGAACCCAGAGCUUUCGCAGCAGAUCAACUAUGCUGUUGACAGAGCAGCUCUAGACUAUCCUUCUGGCACCUCUUCAGAUGAGGAGAGCUUCAGUAGGGAACCAAAAGCUAUCCCUACUGUCAGCAAUCCUAACAGUGUCUACCAGUUUGACUACUGCAAGACACCCAUACAGUCCUGGUCUCAGUAUCUUCAUAGGAAGACGCACAUGACCGGCUCAUCCUACGCCCAGCACAGGGCUUACAAAGUCUACAGGCCAACAGUUGCUUUUGCAGGACCACGUGUUGAUAGAUACCACUGGAUCAAUACCAAGCGGUAGAUCUGUGGCUGUACCUGUUCCAACAGCCUCUACCACUAAGCUAUGCUAUGGGAUGGAGGUUGGUGCUACAGAGCUUCGUAAAAAGAGAACGUACUUACUGUCUGUUCCCUAUCCUCUUACUCUGUACUCUUGAAACUUUGGGGUUUUUAUAUAAUGUUUUAAUAUUUUAACAAUGUUAACAUAAGACUGAAAAAUUAAUGUGAGAUGCUACUUGUAAGCUAAAAAGGAAAUGCAUAUAUCAAUAAAUCUAAUCAUGUUUUCUUUUUAAAAGCCGUCCACUCCCCUCUUGGUGCCUGAAAGGAGUUUAAAAAAAGAUAUUUGGCCAAAACACAAGUCAAGGAAGAUUGAUAAUAAAUAAAUGCAUCCUCUGAGUUGCUUUGAAAGACAGUCUGCUUCCUUCUGCCCAAGGUAGCAAGGGCAGCAGCUUACUGCUUAAUUGCACAGGGAGCAAAAUGCCUGUACAUUGCAAGAACAUGCGUGAAGCUUUGCUCUGUGCAGCUGUGAAGGACAGUCCUGGGGCUCCAGCUGGGCUUCUGGCUCCUAUGGCUCCCCUGUCAGAAGGAGCCAGCCCAGGGACAGGAGAGGGAUGGAUAGGUGGUGGUGUAGCUCUCCCCAGCUGUGAGCUAACACAGCAAACACGUCACCUUCUAGGAUGGAGCUGUUUCUCUAAGGAUGCCUUGCUUGCUGUUCUGCAGUGCUGUGUCCCACAGGAAGCUUUCCCUCUAGCUCUGGACAAUGUGAGUCACUUUAGCUGUCUUCUCACUAGGCCCGAGCUCUGUACAGAUGCAGAGUAGGCUUUCAGUAAAAAAGGAUUCAUUGGAAUGCUACUAGGCUUCUAAAUUAUACUCUAUAAUGCAUUUUUUUCUUUAACUCAGUACUGGCAGUUACUUCAACACAAUGGCUUAGUUCUGACUUUCUUCCUGCUACCUGACUCAUCUUCUGCUCCUUAAACUGGGCCAUGAGGGCAACAAGUGAUGGUGGUAGCUUGUCCUGCUGAUAGAUCUCUUGAAAAUGCUCAACAAGCUUGUUGUCAAAACUUAAUAGCUUGUGUAAACACAUAUGACUGCUUACUGUGGUCAUUUCUACUUGCUGUAGUCCACCUAUUGCUACCUCAUAAGCAGUGAUGAAAAUGACCAAUGUGUAGUCCUGAAUGAGAGGCUUUGUAAAAGAAGACAACCAGGAGCAUUUUAAGCCUUGAGGGCUGCCUGUAUAAAUAAAGUCAAACAAAUGAUUGAAAUUAUAGCGUAGAUUUUAGGUAAUUUCAUAGUUGGUGUCUAGGGGGGAAAAAAAAAGAUAACACUUGUAUUAAGGCAUAGUCACACAAACUGGAUCCUGUCUUAGCUUUCAAGUACAAUGUGGCUGGAGAUAAAUUAUAAGGUUAAGUUCUAUAUUCCUGUUCUGAAAUAAGGUAGUGUCUGCCGUGCUUCACCAUGACUUCCUGUAUUUCUUCAGGAAAAAAAAACACAUUGCAAGUCAAUAAACCUGGUAUUAAUAGGGUUUAGUAGAUCACGUACCAAAAAAAAUUGGUCCUACUAUAGAGGCUUUCCUUUUUAAAAGACUUCAAAAUGAAGUCAGCUCUUUGUGCAAAUGCUGUGAUCUGUAUGGUGCUGAAUAAAGUAAAUAAAGGAGAAGAUGUGAGGUGGGAGGCUCCUUUGUCACUGUGAGUCAGCAGUGGUGUUUCCAGCUCAUUCUUGCAGCUUUGAUAACACAGCUUGUCCUCCAGCAGUGUAAUCCAGCUAUUUUAAUCUGUUUUUUCUCUCCUAGGGAGAUCUAAGUAAGAGUUUGUGGAUAGUGUGAAGAUGUGAGUGCUUUACACAGCAGUUCUGAGAUAACGAGUGCAUAAUUUGUAAAGCAGUAAUAAUUCACCCAUUCUCAGUGUUGAAUACUUGAUGUUGAACGAUGCAGCAAUUAAAGUGAGGAUCCUCA